AUGUUAACUGCAGAUAUUUCCCUCUCGAGAGCCCGACACAAACGCCGAAACGAAAAGCUUCGACGGCGAAAACGAAAUGCCGAAAUCUUAAGACGGCACCUCGAGGCUGGAGGUACACAUGUUUCAAAACGGGAGAAAAUUCGCAUUGAUAAGGCGAAUCUGCAACUUAAACUAGCUGAAGGAGUCAAAUUUUGCUUUGAUUGUGCGUUUGAAUCUGAAAUGUCUGCAAAAGAACAAAGUAAGUUCGCGCAGCAAUUGUGCCGGGCCUAUGGAGCUAAUAAGAAGGCCACCACAUCCCUAAGUCUCCAUUUGGUCAAUUAUGACUCAAGCGGUCUUCUUGCCGAAUGCUGUCGCAAGAAGUGUAGUGGUUUUCUGAAUUACCAGAUUGGCUUCCAUGCUGGACCACCCACCGAGGUGUUUAAGAGUGAGCGCAUAGUUUAUCUCUCCCCAGAUGCCACCGAUGCUCUUCUUGAUAUUGAUAGUGAAUCCGUCUAUGUUGCUGGCGGACUUGUCGACGAAAAUUUAUUAAAAGGAAAAAGCCUCGACACUGCGGCUAAACUGGGUGUUCCCGCCGUGCGGCUGCCCAUUCAGGAGUUUGCCCCGCCCGACUGGUGUCCUCAAAACAAGAUUAAGUCCUGUGCUCUUCCACUGAACACGGUUGUGGAGAUCUUCCUCGUCUUUCUUCAGCACCGAGACUGGCGAAAGACCUUCGAGCAGUGCUUGCCUCUGCGUUUCCGCAAUCAACGAACCGUAGACACAUCUGCCCUCCCUAACACACCACAUCCACCUCAACCUUGA